UCCUCACUCCCUCCCUCCCUCGCUCUCUCGUUCUUCUCUCUAGCUCCCUUGUGCACUGUUCGCUCCAGUCCAGGAUAAAUAAAGGCAGCUAGGAGGAUGUGGGGGGGAAAGAGAGAUGUAGGCGCUUGCGGACGGAGCACGAUGUUGAGGCGACUCUGGCUUGCCGAGUCUCGGCUCUGAGGAUUACGGACACUCUUGCAUCUGUUCCCCCGUCACUCCACCAUUCCAUCACCCACUGGAGGAUGCCCAGUUGUUGUUGCUCUUCACCUUCUGACAGGACUACUGCACUUUACUUGCUGUUUGGUGCCCGAGACCGACUCUUAGAAGAGAUCACAGGCAUGCUCACGAUGCUGAGUCUCAUGGAGCCCGGUUCCCGACUUUCGUAGACGUUUCCACUUCUUCGUCUCCCCUCUUUCACUGGCUUGGCAUUCUUUUCUUUUUUUUUCUUUUUUUUUUUUGCCAGGCAAAGACAUAAGGAGGCACUGGCAGUUCUCCAACUCAAUGUAUUUCUGACUCGUUUGAGGCUGCGAUAGUCGGCAUCUGACAAAGAGAUGACCCAAGAACAGUUCACUCAUAGGAACAAUGUCCAGAGCACCGAGAAACCUCACGUGUACAAAGUGGGCAUCUACGGCUGGCGGAAACGUUGCCUUUACUUCUUCGUCCUCCUCCUCAUGAUCCUUGUCCUGGUCAACCUCGCGCUCACCAUCUGGAUCCUCAAGGUCAUGAACUUCACCAUAGAUGGCAUGGGUCACUUGAGAAUCACGGAGAGAGGUCUGAAACUAGAAGGUAACUCCGAGUUCCUCCAGCCUCUGUACGCCAAAGAAAUCCAGUCCAGAUCGGGUAGUCCACUUUUCCUGCAAUCAUCAAAAAACAUCUCCGUCAACAUCCUCAACGGGAAAAACCAACUGGUCUCACAGCUGGUUGCAGGUUCUCACGGAGUUCACGCACGGGGCAGGAUGCUCGAGGUGAAAUCAAGCACGGGAAAGCUGCUUUUCUCGGCCGACGACCACGAGGUGGUGGUGGGAGCCGAGAGAUUACGAGUCCUGGGGGCAGAGGGUGCAGUCUUCAGUAACUCAGUGGAGACGCCACACGUCAGAGCAGAGCCCUUCAAAGAGCUGCGUUUGGAAUCUCCGACACGUUCCCUGUACAUGGAGGCUCCUAAAGGUGUGCAGAUUCAAGCGGAAGCCGGUGACAUCCAAGCCACCUGCAGAAGCGACCUGCGCCUGGAGUCAAAAGACGGAGAGAUCACUCUGGAUGCUAAGAAGAUCAGACUCCUGCGUCUGCCCGAGGGAAAAGCGUCUCCGUCGGCCACCAGACAGACUGUGUUCGAGGUGUGCGUCUGUCCCAACGGGAAACUCUUCUUAUCACAAGCAGGAACAGCGUCCACCUGCCAGAUCAGCAACAACGUCUGCCUCUAGACACUCUAAACACAUACGCCCACAAAGCUACACACACACACACAGUACGCACACACAUUGUACACACACUAUACACACACGUCCAUUUUACCCCCACGAACUGCAAAAUCCGUUCCUCUGAAGACCACGACGAAGAUAAGAACUUCAUUGUGUAAAGAGUUACUUCAGCGCCAAAAAGAAGAACAGCAGAAACGUCACUAACGUGCGCCGGCGUUCACGUCACAACGUGCGUCCGUUUUUCAUUCGUCGAGUAAAGGUGAAGCGGAUUAUAUCACGCGGAGAAAGAAACGUGCCGUGUUAUUAUUUUUUUUCUUUCAGUUUCAGGUCACUUCUUUCAUUUUUGCUACUCGUCCUUCUCCGGUUGCAAUAUUGUCCGAAAACGUCAGAUAAACGUUUAGCGAUUUAAAAAAAAAAAAAAAAAAAAAAAAGUCAAACGGGACACUCUUGACCGGUGGAACUGAUCGUUCCCACAAUCCCUCCCCAAGAGAAAUGAAAAAUAAAAAUCUAAACUGUGCUUGCACAGGGACCGACCUGCUGCACGCUCUCUGUUCGAAGAGGAGAACAGUGCCUGUGCCUUAGCUCAAUGCACUCGUGGAAAGAAGAAGCACAUCUCACGGACCUUUACUUUCAAAAACCUGGACUGGAUUUCCAGUUUAUUUCAUUUUUGUUCCCCCUGAAAAUAUAAAUAUAAAUAUAUAUAUA